AUGGAGGCAGCAACAUGCGGUGCGAAUGCCCGAACAACCCAGCCAUGGCUGGUAGCAGCGAUCAGCCUGACUUUUGGUAUCGGUGGUGCCAUCGCCCUCCUUACCUUGGUUGCUCGUUUGGCCAUCCGACAUUCUCAAAAGGCGCUGAAGUGUGAUGACUUCGUGGCACGAUCGGCUCGCCCCGACUUGACCUACGUCGCAGAGGUGGCACGUCUGCUGAGCCACGGUCUCGCGGAGACGUCUCUUGUCUUGCUCUACCUUCGCAUCUUUCCCAGCAAGUGGCAGACGCGCGCAGGACGGGCCAUGCUCGCGGUCAUCUCCGCCUACACAAUCGCCAUUUCGGGGCUGCUCAUCCAUCGAGCUUCCGCUUGUGCCUAUCCCGAGCCCAUACGUACGGACGAGGGCGCUGCCGGCGCCCUUCAACUUCCCGUGGCAGCUACCGGAGCGGGUAUCAUGACGGGCUGUCUGCUGGUUCUCCUGCCUCUCCCGGACUUGUUUCGUGUUCGCUUAAAGCCUGUGGAAACACGCAGAGUGAUCCUUCUCUGGUGCUCACCCGUAGUAGGCAUCGCUGUCUCCUCUGUCCGUCUGUUCUUUCUCUGCAGUCUGCCAGGCCGUUCCGAUCCCGCCAUGUAUGCUGCCCUGGCCAUGGUGUUCAUGUCUGCCGAAACGAACCUGACCGUCAUUUGCGGUAAUUCGCCAGCGAUGCUCCAGAUCACGAGAAAGCUCAGAGCAAAAGCCACGUCUUGGGCCACCACGGCAGCCUCGGGAAGUAGAGAGGGGGGUUGCUCGGGCGAUCGACCGGGAGGACAGGGCGACUACCCGUUACAUCCACUGGAUAGAGCCGAGCGACCGUGGACCACAGAUGACGAUGACAGUAGCCAACGAGGAAUACUACAGACAGCUACCUUGCCUGUUUAG